AGUGGACCAGCAGAACUCAGAGGUUCCCAGUCCUCAGUCUGACCAGAAGCAUCAGUCCCAGCUGGACUCCACAGUUGUGAAGAUGAAUCAGGAGUUGCUGGCUGACCAUCUACAGAGCAAACCACAUUUUUCAUGCUGGGAUAAACUUAAACCUUAUCUGAAGAAGAAGUAUCAAUAUGUGUCUGAAGGUAUUGCAAAAGCGGGAAACCCAACCCUUCUGAAUCAGAUCUAUGCAGAGCUCUACAUCAUUGAGGGAGGGACUGGAGAGGAAAAUUGUGAACAUGAGAUCACACAGAUUGAAAGAGCACCCAAGAAAGCAGACAUAGAAAGAACCAUCACACAUGAAGACAUCUUUAAACUCCCACCUGGAAGACAUGAACCAAUCAGAACAGUGAUGACAAAGGGAGUGGCUGGCAUUGGGAAAACAGUCUUAACACAGAAGUUCACUCUGGACUGGGCUGAAGACAYAACKAACCAGGACAUCCACUUCCUGUUUCCAUUCACUUUCAGAGAGCUGAAUGUGCUGAAAGAGAAAAAGUUCAGCUUGGUGGAACUCGUUCAUCACUUCUUUACUGAAACCAAAGAAAUGUGCAGAUUUGAAGACUUCCAGCUGGUCUUCAUCUUUGAUGGUCUGGAUGAGUGUCGACUUCCUCUGGACUUCCAGAGGAACCAGGUCCUGACUGAUGRRACAGAGUCCAACUCAGUGGAUGUUCUGCUGACAAACCUCAUCAGGGGGAACCUGCUUCCCUUUGCUCGCCUCUGGAUAACUACACGACCUGCAGCAGCCAAUCAGAUACCAGCUGACAGUGUUGGCAUGGUGACAGAGGUCAGAGGCUUCAAUGACCCACAGAAGGAGGAGUAUUUUAGGAAGAGAUUCAGAGAUGAGGAGCAGGCCAGCAGGAUCAUCUCCCACAUCAAGAAAUCUCAAAGCAUCUAUAUCAUGUGUCGUAUCCCAGUCUUCUGCUGGAUCACUGCUACAGUUCUGGACCAUGUGUUGAAGACCAGAGAGGGAGGAGAGCUGCCCAACACCCUGACUGAGAUGUACAUCCACUUCCUGGUGGUUCAAGCCAAAGUCAAAAAGAUCAAGUAUGAUGGAGGAUCUGAGACAGAUCCACACUGGAGUCCCGAGACCAGAAAGAUGAUUGAGUCUCUGGGAAAACUAGCUUUUGAGCAGCUGCAGAAAGGAAACCUGAUCUUCUAUGAAUCAGACCUGACAGAGUGUGGUAUGGAUGUCAACAAAGCCUCAGUUUACUCAGGAGUACUCACACAGAUUUUUAUACAGGAGACAGGGCUGCACCAGGAAAUAUUGUUUUGUUUUGUCCAUCUAAGUGUUCAGGAGUUUCUGGCUGCUCUUCAUGUCCAUCUGACCUUCAUCAACUCUAGAGUCAACCUUUUCAAAAAGAAAAAAUGGUUUUUGAAAAUAUUUAACAAAAAUCAAAAAGUAAAGUCUCUCUAUCUUUAUGCUAUAGACAAGGCCUUACAGAGUCCAAAUGGACACCUGGACUUGUUCCUCCGCUUUCUCCUGGGUCUUUCACUACAAACCAAUCAGAAGUUCUUUCAAGGCCUGCUGACACAGACAGGAAGUAGUUCAAAGACCAAUCAGGAAACAAUCCAGUACAUCAAGAAUCUGAUCAAUAAAACUCUGUCUGCAGAGAAAAGCAUCAAUCUGUUCCACUGUCUGAAUGAACUGAAUGAUGGUUCUCUAGUGGAGGAGAUCCAACAGUCUCUGAGGUCAGGAAGUCUCUCCACAGAGAAACUGUCUCCUGCUCAGUGGUCAGCUCUGGUCUUCAUCUUACUGUCAUCAGGAAAAGAUCUGGACGUGUUUGAUUUGAAGAAAUAUUCUGCUUCAGAGGAGGUUCUUCUGAAGCUGCUGCCAGUGGUCAAAGCCUCCAACAAAMCUCUAAUGAGUGGCUGUAACAUCUCAGAGGGAAGUUGUGAAGCCCUAUCUUCAGUUCUUGGCUCCCAGUGUUUUAGUUUGAGACAACUGGACUUGAGCAACAACAACUUGAACGAUUCGGGAGUGAAGCUUCUGUGUGUCGGACUGAAAUGUUUACACUGUAAACUGGAAAUUCUCAGGCUGUCAGGCUGUCUGAUCACAGAGGAAGGCUGUGCUUCUCUGGCCUCAGCUCUGAAGUCCAACCCCUCCCAUCUGAGAGAGCUGGACCUGAGCUACAAUCAUCCAGGAGACUCAGGAGUGAAGCUGCUGUCAGCUGGACUGAAGGAUCCAGACUGGAGACUGGACACUCUCAGGGUGGAGCCUGCUGGAGAGCGAUGGUUGACACCAGGUCUGGGGAAGUAUUACUGUCAGCUCACGUUUGACACAAAUACAACCAGCAGAAACCUCAAACUGUCUGACAGCAACAGGAAGGUAACUCAUGUGAAGGAGCUUCAGUCGUAUCCGGACCAUCCAGACAGAUUUGAAGGCUACUGCCCUCAGCUGAUGUGUAGAGACGCUCUGACCGGUCGCUGCUUCUGGGAGGUGGAGUGGCAGGGCGAGGUCGACGUGUCAGUCAGUUACAGAAGAAUCAAGAGGAGUGGGGACCGAGCUGUCUGCGAGUUCGGAAGAAAUUUGGAGUCUUGGAGUCUGAGCUGCUCUGGUCGCGGUCAUUACACUGCCUGGUACGAUGAAAAAGGAGUCUCCAUCUUCUCCUCCUCCUCCUCMGCCUCUAACAGAGUAGCAGUGUAUGUGGACUGUCCUGCUGGCAUUCUGUCCUUCUACAGAGUCUCCUCUGACUCACUGAUCCACCUCCACACCUUCAACACCACCUUCACUGAACCUCUUUAUCCUGGAUUUUCCUUUGGAUUCUGGAACAGGACAGGUUCCACUCUAUGCCUGGUUUAGUGUCUCCAGUUAGAGAAUAAAMGUUGGUGAGGGUUUACUUGAAUUGAACUUUACGCUGUUUGAAAGAGCUUCAGAUUAACUGUUCUUCUGCCAAAUCCUACUUUUGAAGCUCUGGUCGCCACAUAUCAAUACUUUUUGGGAACAAAACGUUAARAGUUAUUGUAGAGCCUCAUUAAAGGCCUUUUAAGAGAUCUGAAAACCACAAUAAUUAGAUGUGGUCGUCAGCCUCAGUUAGCCUGCUGUGUCUGCUCAGACCAUAAUGCCUAUCAUCAGAAACGCCUGAACAUAAGUCUCACUCAAAAAAUAGCAACUGACUGUGUCCUUAUCUCCAUGAACAUUAAAGUAGAUACACAGGAGUAAACUCUAACAGACAGUUUGCAAAUGUAUUUUUCUUUUAUACAACUGAAAUACACACACACUCUCGAGUGUGAAGCAACUGGGAUGAG